AGUCCGUUCGCCAUGUUAGUCGAUUGCGACCAGCCAAAUAGCAUUUCCCGUUUACGAGAAAAUAGUGGAAUGCACGUGUGACAGCCGGGACUUGGGUCGCGUUUUUCUUCGGUUUUCUCUUUAACCUCCUUUCUAUCUCCUUGUCCCGAGCUGUACCUUUAAACCUGAAAUCUUCGAAAAUGCUGAAGCCUGAGACACGUCUGGAAUGGGCCUUUGUUGGCAUAACAGCUGCUCAGGCUAUUAUCAUCAUUUCUCUGCAAACGGUCAUUCUUGUGGAGUAUCUCGAUUGGGUGAAUCCCGUUGUAUAUCAGGUCCCUGUCUCAUAUGUCACUCCCGUGGCCUCCGCUGUAUCAAUUAUCAGUUUUGGAUUCCAAGCUGUUCUGUCCGUGGAUUCAUGUCGCAUUAAGAACAAGAUUCAACUAUGGACACAAGGUAUCCUCAACAUCUGCUUCUCAAUUGCCAUUGGGAUGGAGUAUUUCCAAGUGAAGGAUGCCACGGAGAGAGUUAGUCGGGGGUACGAUAUGUACAAAAAGCCUUUUGCAGACAAUAGUAUGCCUUACUGGGAGAUUGCUCGCCCAAUGUUAAUUACUUGUGUUGCUGUAUCAUCCGUAUGCAGUCUUUGUAUGUGUGCAUUGGCUUACUACCUUCACAUGGAGUUCUCCUGGUCUUUGUACGAGCACAUCAGCCCGGAUUUGCGGAUGACAGCAAGACAUGCCAAGUACCUGGCAUAUCUUGUCUUUCUCAAAGUCUCCCUCUUACUAAUAACCCUAUUCUUAAUUACUUAUGGCCUCGUGGACGUUCACUAUCGGGAGCCAGAGUUUGGACUAACUAUGACAAUAAUUCCCGUCUCAAUCAUUCACGCGAUCCUUGCUGCUACAUGCAUCAAAAAGGAAUACAUGCCAGGCAUGGUGUUGGUGAUAAUGUUUCAUAUCGCAGCGAUAGUAUACCUGACCACGCGACUCAUGGUGCUGACUGGCGAUGGCCUGCUGGCAAGCACAUUGAUGAAGGAAGAGAUGUUGCUUUUUGCCACAUUUGCGCUUGUCUUUACCAUCAUAUCUAUUGCUUUUGCUGUCCUGUGCAUUUUCAAUUUCGGAAAGGGACUCAAGCCGCUACUGCAAGGCCAAGGCACAAAUAAUAUACCUACUUCAACGAGCGCAUUGGAGCUCAACCCGCGGCACCUCAGCAUCCGGACUAUGGACUCUGAACGGAUGUCCAAGCGGUUUGACAUUGAUUAGAUCUCUAUGGUACAUUGUUGCCUGGGCUACACAUUUGAUAGUAGUUAGACUCCUUGCAAAGUCUCCACUGCUUAUCUGAAAAUGACCCUCAACUCAUGAAGGAAAGAUAAAGCGGUAGUGCUAGACCUUUCGUGGCCAUGGUCCAUAUCCGCGAGUAGAGCCGAGGUAGCGGGUAACG